AUGCCUGGCACCACCAACGGCAUGGAGGCGUCCUUCUGGUGCUACGCAUGCAGCCGCCUCCGUCGACCCGGCGCCCAGGGCGAGCCCGUCGCCGGCUGCACCCGCUGCGGCACCCCCGCCGCUGCGCUGGAGGGCAUCGUCGGCGUCGUGGACGCCGGCGCGUUCUUGCACGCCUGCCACCCGGAGGCCGGUCUCCGCGCCCCCGCGCCCCUGCCCACCGUCACGGUCCGCGGCGCGGGGCGCGACUGCGCCGUGUGCAUGGAGGAGCUGAUGCCCGGCGCGAGCGCGGCCGUGACGCCGUGCGGGCACGUGUACCACCCGCACUGCGUCGCGCCGUGUCUCGAGGCCAGGGGCACCUGCCCGCUCUGCCGGGCGCCCGUCGUCGGCGGCGCCGGCGACCGCGACGGCCUCGUCGCGUGCCAUCUCCCUGGCGGCCAGAUCGGCCUCGGCCGGCGUGUCGCCGGGCGCGUCUACGGGGUCAGGAUCCUCGAAGAGGACGGGAAGCUCGUGCGGCCCCGCGUGCUGCGGUGCGGGUUCAAGGGGGUGCGCAUCCGCGCCAGGUUGGCAAUAGGACUGUAG